UGUAUUCGUGCGUAUGUUAAUUUGCAGUGUCUCAAGUUGUGUUUAUUUAUUAAUAUUUAUUUUAUUGAUUGUCAACAGUCCAUUGUCAUUGGAAUAAAUGCUUUUUAUUACCGUGUUUUCGAUAUGGAUAAUUUUACCCAGCAGGUUGACGAGAUCGAGGCACUGACAGCUAUUUAUGGAGACGAUUGGCAGGUAGAGGAUGAAGAAAAUAGAGCAUUUAGUAUGAAUGUUCAUGAAGGUGAUAAAUCCAUAAAACUUUAUGUUAAAUUAACAGCUGAUUAUCCUUCCUCUGCACCACCAUACUUUGAGCUUUCUGCUCCGCAAUUGCGUUUGGAGCAGAAAAAUCAUAUCAGUUCCCUUCUUCAAGAGGUAUACUUGUCUUUAGCCGGAGGACCAGUUUUAUAUGAGUGGAUUGAAAAAAUCCGUGAAGAAUUACAGAAAGAUAAAUCAUGUAAAAUAGAACAAGUAAUAGAACAUAAUGAAGUCGUUAAAAAGUCUCCAAAAUCUUCAAAAAAAUCUAAUGAAGAAAAAGAAGAAAAAAUUCCAGAAAUUUACCAUGGAGAUGUAAUUGUUGAUAGAAAAAGUUCAUUUCAAGGUCAUGCUGCGCAAGUAUUUUCUGUUCAUGAUGUAAAAAACGUCCUGAAAAAAUUAUAUGAGAUUAAAAAAAUAGAACAGGCUACGCACAAUAUGUAUGCGUACAGAAUAGUUACAGAUAAUAAAAAUUUUGCUCAAGACUGUGAAGACGACGGUGAGAGUCAAGCUGGCUCGAGAUUAUUACAUUUUUUGCAAAUAGUCGACGCAAAAAAUGUACUAGUGGUUAUUUCUCGGUGGUAUGGAGGGAUACAUCUGGGACCUGAUAGGUUUCGACAUAUAAAUAACGCUGCAAGACAAGUUUUGGAAGCUGCAAAUUUAAUAAGCAGAAAUAAAGAGCAUAAGAAGUAA